AUGGAAUCAGCCAGAGUAACUUUUAUUCAGGUAAACGUCUUUUUGAAUGGUGACUUAAAUAAAAAAUGCGAAGCUACUGUGCAUGGCCAUAUGACCCUAUCUGAGUUAAUUUCAGAUUGCAAAGAAAAAUUUGACAUUAAUGGACAUACAAAAUGCAAGCUUUUUGAUUCUGGAGGAGGAGAACUAUCUGAUGAUGACCUUGAUUAUUUAAAUCCAGAUGAGCCUCUUUUCCUUUCACAAGGCGAAGAAUUUUCAAAAAAUUCAAGUAUACUAGUAUAUGAGCCAAUAAAACAGCUCGGGGAAGGAGGUUUUGGGUCUGUAUGGUUAUAUGAGCACAAGCUAAACAAAAAUUUAGCAGCAUUAAAAUUUGUCUCACUUGAUUCCCUCAUAUCUGCUGAAGAUGUAAAUAGAGUUUACGCAGAAAUUGGAGUUUUAAGAGGUCUCAGACACCCAAAUAUAGUCCAGCUUUAUGACGCUUUUCCUCUUCAAGAUAUCCUAAAUUAGUCUAUUUUUUAGAAUUUUUUGUAUUAAAUUUUUCUAUUUUCUAAAAAAUAAGGAUGAUAUUUUUUUAAAAAACUGUCUUAUUUUAAUAGAAAAAAAUAAAAUUUGCUUUGUUAUGGAAUUUUGCAGCGGCGGAGAAAUGCAAAAUUAUCUUGAAGAGCAUGGGAAAAUCCCUGAAGACGAGCUUUAUCAUAUCGGCUGCCAAAUGGUAGAAGCAAUAAAAUACUGUCAUGACAUGAAAAUUAUCCACAGAGAUCUGAAGCUGGAAAAUGUCCUUUUUGCUAACGACUCAAAAACACAAAUAAAAAUCGUUGAUUUUGGGAUAGCAGGAAUGUUCGCAGGUGCUCACAGUGAAAGAAGUGAUGCUGGGUCUUUGCUUUAUAUUGCACCGGAAGUGCUGGCUAAAGAAGAUAACAGAGCAAAUCCAGCACUCGAUAUAUGGAGCAUUGGGUGUAUUUUUUAUUAUUUAUUGACUGGAUUUCAUCCAUUUGAACAUGAAACUCAAAAUGAAAUUAUUAGGAAAAUUGUAAAUUGCGAGUAUCAGCCUUUGCCAAAUACAGUAUCAAGGCCAUGGCAUAAGCUGAUAAGAGGAAUUUUAAGGCUAAAUCCUAGGAGAAGAUGAAAUUCGUUGAGGAUUAUUGAGCAUUUGUAUAAAUAUAGAUUUGAAAGAGAUGCAAGUUUAAGCCCUGAGUCAGAAGAAGAACAGUCACCUGCACAGAUUGAGAGUGGCAAGAAAACCAAUAGACCAGGAAAAUACUCAAAAAUUGGAGCCAAGCCUGUAGAGUAAAUUUUAUUUACUCCCACCUUUAAAUAGGAAAUCCAUUUUAAAGUAAAUUUUUAGCUUACUCCCCCCCCCCCUCCGUGAGCGAACAAAAAAAUUUUGUUCGCUCACGGAGGGGGGUUAAUUUUUUUUUUUAAAAAAAAAUUUAUAUAUAAAUUUUAUAAAAAAUAUUUUUUUCGAAAUUUAAAACAAUCCUAAUUUGCAAAAAUUGGGAAGCAAAUAUUAAUUUAAUUUGCAAAAUUUAUGUUUUAAAACGCAAUUUGUUUAAAAUUAAACAGAAUUAGCUCUAGAUUUCAUUAUACUAAUUAUCACUUAUAUAUCAAAAUUUUUUUCCAUUAAAAUUUUUUCUAUUAAAAAAAUUUUUGUUCACUCACGGAGGGUGGGUUUUUGGUCAAAAAAAUGCGAUUUUUCUAAUGGUUUUGUCCGCUCACGGAGGGGGGGGGGGAGUUUAAAAUUUUUUAAAAAAAUUAAAUUAUUAUGGUAACCUCAAAGAAGUUAGAAAAAAAAUCGAAAUUCAUUCUCCGAAGAAAAAGGACCCAAGAAAAAUUAUUAAAAAGUAAUAUAACUUAACAAUUUUAAUCAUUGCAAUAUUUAGAAUUAUUAAUAACAAUACUGCUAAAAAAUAAAGCCUUUAAUUGAUUUAUUUCUCUA